AUGAUCUAUCUCACCGCCGUGCAAAUUGCCAAUGUGUUCGUCGAGACGGGCAUUAUUUUUGAUCCCCUGAUCAUCAACUACGGCACUGCCCAUGCCGUCGACGACAUUCCGCGAUUUCUUCCAGGAGACGCUGUGAUGAUUUCCGUUGUUUCGGCCCCGAUCCAAAUUUUCAUCGCAUGGCGGCUCAGCGUGGUCACGCAAUCCUACCUACUCUCGAUCUUCAUCUCAAUUCUGUCGCUCAUCUCUUUCGGUUCGGGCAUGCUUGUCACCGUGGUCGUUUCUAUGAGACCCGCAUUCUCGGAUUUUACACACUUCACCGCGGAAAUCAAUAAAUCGGAUCGUUGGACGUAUGUGGACUUCCUGCCCGAUCUCAUUUCAGCUGGAGAUAGAAUUAAAGAGGCUGCAGUCGCCAUUGAAACGGGUACACUCACAGCAUUCGCGGCGCUGGCUGACAUGUCCUUGUUCUUGAUCUUCCCUAAUACGACCAUCAAUUUCAUCCUGGAUUUUCCACUCUCGAACUUGUACACGCUUUCGGUACUCACGAUGUUGAACUCGCGCCCACAGAAACGGAUCAAUGAUGUUGAGAAAGGAGUCACCGCUGCCACAAUAGCGACUGGACCCGGGAGAAAUGCAACAGGACCGUUGAGGACGGCGACAAUUCCCAGCGCGGCAUCUCUGACCCGCAUUACCAGCAAUUCUUCCCAGAACUCCGUCGAGAUCUACAAAAUCACCGAAACGAUUGUGAGAAUGGACGACAUUGACUCGGCUUCCCACAGAGCACGCGCGAUGCUCUCGGUGCACGACAGACACCUAGCUCUCAUCAGACCGCAAAGCACUCUACGUAUUGCAGGUUGA